AUGUUUGCUGGUAAAGCAAAUUCCCUAAGACAUGCUCUUUAUAAACGUCAUAAGUCAGACUCAUCAUCCUCCGGUUCAUCAUCAAAAAAUUCAAAUUCUUUAGCACCAGCUCCGAUUCUUGAGGAUGUUGAAAAACAUGAUAAUUUUAUGAUAUUACGUAAACCUUCUGCUACAAAAUCACCAAGAGGACGUGUGAAAAGUUCUACAGAUACUUCUCAAAAAGAUUCAUACCUUUCUACUAUUAAUAUUGAAACUAGUUGUACAUGUGGAGAUUUUUUUCCACAAAUUAAACAAAAAAAAUCUACACCAGUUUAUUCACAAUUAUCAUUGAUAUGUCCUUUACAUGAGAAUCCAUUACAUUUUCGAUCUAAUAGUGCCUCACCACAUAUCUUCAAUUCACAAAAUUUUUUAAGUGGUCCUGUAUCACCCAGAAACCCAACAAAUACUUCUGUUCCAAUAUUAAUACCAUUAAGAUCAAAUUCUGCUCGUAGUGGAACAUCUUCUUCAUUAAGUUAUUCUAACAGAAAUUUAUUUAUUGCAACAAGACUUGACUCUAGUAGUGUUUAUGACUUUGAAGAUUGGAAUGAUGCUCUUGAAUCACCACAUAUGCAUGUUGAGAACAGUCCAGGGAUAAGUUCAACAUCUUAUCAUAUGGGACUGACAGAGAUAAAUAAGAUUAUAUUUGAAAAUCAAGAUGCUGUAUAUUCAUUAUUUAUGAAAGCUCACAAAUGUUAUGAUGUUAUACCAACAUCAUCAAAAUUAGUAAUAUUGGAUAUUGAAUUACCAGUUAAAAAAGCAUUUUUUGCUUUAAUAUAUAAUGGUGUCAGAGCAGCUCCUUUAUAUGAUUCAAAAAAACAAGAAUUUGUAGGAAUGUUAACAAUAACAGAUUUUAUAUCUAUUCUUGUUAAAUAUUAUAAUAAGGAUUCUACACAUGAAGGUAUAAAAGAAUUAGAGGAACAAAAAAUUGUUGAAUGGAGAGAACAAUUUAAAGAGGAUGGUAAUUUAAAAAAAUUUAUUACUAUUGAUCCACAAGAAAGUUUGUACAAGGCAGUUCAAAUGUUGUGUGAAGAGAAAAUUCAUAGAUUACCAGUAUUAAAUUCAGGGACGGGUAAUGUAAACUAUAUUCUAACACAUAAAAGGUUGAUUAAAUUUCUGAAUUUAUAUCUUAAUGAUCUUCCAAAACCUACAUUUAUGGAUAAAACACCAAAAGAACUUGGUAUUGGUUGUUGGGAGAAUGUUAUAUCAAUAUCUAUUAAUACACCCCUUGUUGAAGCAUUAAAAAUAUUUUUAGAAAAAAGAGUAUCUGCAUUACCAUUAGUUGAUGAUGAUGGAAAAGUUGUAGAUAUUUAUGCUAAAUUUGAUGCCAUAAAUUUGUGUAGUGAUAAGGCAUACAUUAAUCUUGAUAUUACUGUUAGUGAUGCACUUAGUCAUAGGAAUGAUCUUUUUGAAGGUGUCAAGACAUUCCGAACAACUGAUUCAUUAAUUAAUAUUGUACAGAUUUUAGUUGAAUCACAAGUACAUAGACUUGUUGCUGUAGAUGAUGAAGAUAAAAUAUUAGGAAUAGUAUCAUUAAGUGAUAUUCUUAGAUAUCUUAUAUUGGAUGUACCUAAUUCUUCAAAGAAUAAAUCUUCAACGGAUAACAAAUCUACUAUUAAUAAUACUAAUGAUGAUUCCACAGUAAAUAUUGAUGAAAAUGGAGUAUCUUGUAUUUCUAUUCACAACACUACUACUCGUUAA